AUGUCUAAUCUGAGGAACUUGAGGACGGCUCUUGAGAGCCAAACAUCCAGCUCGGCAAGACAUCUUACGCAAUCUGCCACUACGAAGACAGCGCUGACCAACAAGAGGGAGUGCGUACAGUGUAUUCUGGCCUUUCUGGCCUCGCGUGACUUCCACCCUUGCACUGCGAAGGAGCUCCUGCGGUCUCCUCCGCUUCAGACGCUGCUGGACAUAUGGAACUUCCUCUUCAGAUAUAUCGACCCCAAUGCGUACAUUACAAAGGAGAACAUGGCGGUCGAGGUACCCAAGUUUUUCAAGGAAUUCGGAUACCCUCACAUAAUGAAGACAUCGCACCUGAGGACCCCGACGGCAGACCACCAGUGGGAGGCCAAUCUGGUGGCUCUGUCAUGGCUUUGCAAGCUGCUUUUGUAUGAGCAGGAGUGCUCCGACAAGCAAUUUGAAGUCACCUCCAAAAGGCAAAGCUUGCCUUACAUGGGGAUCGAUUUCGGCGCACAGGGAAAAGCAACGAUAUCUAACACGAUGGUGGCGCACUUUGUCACAGAGCAGGCGACCAAGCACUUCCAACUCUACCUGAGGGGAGAGGAAAACAGCGUACAACUGGUGGAGCAGUUUCAUCAGGAGGUUUCGGAUCUGCUGGUGGUAGUGCAAGAGAGCGUUGAUGCAAAAAUUCGGCAGCUUGAGGAGCUGCGCGAACAAACUCUGGAAUUGCAAGAAGAGUUGGAGGCUUUCGCCCGCACGAAGGAAUGGAUCGAAAAGGCCACAGUGGAGCUGCAGCGCAUAGAGGAGCUCGCCGCAUCUGUACGUGGCACAUGCAUUCAGGCGGCUGAGUCGCUGAAAAGGCACAAACAGACGCUACGGGAUGAGGAGGCUGCGCUGGCCGCUCAAGAAGAGCAAAACGCCGAUAUAGAAAAACUGAUCGAGCAGCAAGACAUCAACAAGAAUGUCGUGCGCGAACUCAAUAAUACCAUCCGAACACUCAAAGUUCGCAUCACCGAUGGCAAUCGCAAAAUCAAGGAGCUCGAACAUGAUAUCGCAACAAGCAAAACAACCGCACAAACUAUGGAGUCACAACUGGUCAGGAUGCAGAAGGCGCUCGCUAGCACGCAUGAAUCUAUCAAGAACUUCCUGAUGAACAACGGUCGGCAUGCCGACUCGUGGCGCAGCCUCGGGCAGUUGCGCAUCAACACUCACGGCAUUAACGAGAGCGAGAUACUGGGAGUGGAGCCCUCAACGUACAACGGGGUGCUCCAGGAGAUCAUCAACAAGGACAGGGAAGUAACGCAUGAGAGCAGCGAAACACGAACGGAGCUGGAACAGGCAAACCAACAUCUGGAAUCGCUCGGCAACGAGAUCACGCGCGAGACCUCUGAAAUACUCCGCGAAACCUCGUCAUUGAUCAAGAACCAGCUUGUGGAGGAGAAGGAGACCCACGUGCAACUGGAGGCGAGCGAGCUCGCAGCAGUAAUACGGGCAGCUGCCAACGAUGAGCUGGAAUUGAGGAAGCGCGAAUUGGAGGCUGUUGAGGCGGAAGUCGCGGAAGCACAAGCCCAGCUGCGGCAACAGGACGCCGACGCCCAGGAGGCGUGGAGGGAGUUUGUAAACAGGUUCAAGGAGAUGUUCAAAAUGGCACGCAAUUCCAAGGAGUCGAACUGCCAAGCACUGCGCGGGCUCAUCGGCCUGGAAAAUAGCCUUUUCAACGGUGAACGCGAACCACGGGGAGAUGCGGCUUCUGAAAUGACCUGA